AUGGUCCAUAUCCAACAGGUAGAACCUGGCCUCCAGAGUGGGUUCUCUGGCCAAAAGAGGAAGAGGGAGUGCUCAUCUGAUUCACAGGAGGAACUAGAGGAUCUGGAUCCUGAGCCUAAGCACCCCUGGGAUGUGGAGACACUGUGUGGGCUCGAGAUGACGUUAAAGAGACAGCGUGUGUACCUGGUGCAACCAGAGCACCAUGAAGUCUUUGCCAGGCUGCUAGAGGAUCCUGUUGUCAAAAGAUUCCUGGCCUGGGACAAGAAGCUGAGGGUGUCUGACAAGUACCUCCUGUCUAUGGUCAUAGCUUAUUUUAGCCGGGCUGGCCUCUUCUCCUGGCAGUACCAACGAAUCCACUUCUUUCUGGCUCUCUACCUGGCCAAUGAUAUGGAAGAGGACAACCAGGCUCCUAAACAAGGCAUCUUUCAUUUCCUCUACGGGAAGAGCCACGCCCAGCGUCCCUUGUUCCACAAGCUACGCUAUCAGUUCAUCCGUUCCAUGGGCUGGAACACUUGGGUUUCCAGGGAGGAGUGUGAGGAGAUUCAAACUUACAAUCCGGAACUCUGGGUGUGGGGCCGAGAUCGUACCCUCAAUCCCUAG